AUGCAGUGUGAGAGGCAGAAGAUCCCUCAGAUAAGUUAUGCCUCGACAGCCCCAGAGCUCAGCGAUAACACCCGAUACGACUUCUUCUCGCGGGUUGUUCCCCCUGACACCUACCAGGCCCAGGCCAUGGUCGACAUCGUCAAGGCCAUGCAGUGGAACUAUGUGUCAACGGUAGCCUCAGAAGGAAACUAUGGAGAAAGUGGAGUUGACGCUUUCAUCCAGAGGUCUCGAGAGGAUGGGGGCCUCUGCAUUUCACAGUCAAUAAAAAUUCCACGUGAACCCAAACCAAAUGAAUUCGACAAGAUCAUCCGCAGACUGAGCGAGAAUCCCAAUGCCAGAGUUGUCAUCAUCUUCGCCAAUGAGGACGACAUCAGGCGACUCCUGCAAGCUGCAAAGAAGGCCAAUCAGACGGGUCAUUUCAUCUGGGUCGGUUCAGACAGCUGGGGCUCCAAAAUUGCCCCUAUCCUAAACCAAGAGGAAAUGGCAGAAGGCGCUGUUACAAUCCUACCCAAACGCCAGUCCAUUAAAGGUUUUGACAGAUAUUUCACCAGUCGCACACUUGAAAAUAAUCGCAGAAAUAUCUGGUUUGCUGAGUUUUGGGAGAACAACUUCCAGUGCAAAUUAAGUCGACAUGCUGUGAAGAAGGGGUCAGGAAUCAAAAAGUGCACAAAUCAUGAGCGAAUUGGAAAAGACUCCUCCUACGAACAGGAGGGAAAGGUUCAGUUUGUGAUUGACGCUGUGUAUUCCAUGGCCCAUGCUCUGCACAACAUGCACAAAGAUCUCUGUCCUGGAAAAGUCGGCCUCUGCUCAAAAAUGGACACCAUUAAUGGCACAUUGCUGCUAAAGUAUAUACGGGACGUCAAUUUCACAGGUAUAGCUGGUACACCUGUUGUCUUCAAUGUGAAUGGAGACGCUCCUGGUCGAUAUGAAAUCUACCAAUACCAGAUUGUAAAUGAAAGUAUGGAAUACAAGAUCAUCGGUCACUGGACUGAUCAGCUUCACCUAGAUAUCAAUGAGAUGCAGUGGCCUGGUGGAACACAAGACAUUCCUUCCUCGAUCUGCAGCCAGCCCUGUCGUCCAGGGCAGCGCAAGAAGAUAGUGAAGGGGAUACCAUGUUGUUGGCACUGUGAGAACUGUGAUGGCUACCAGUAUCAAGCAGACACAUACACAUGUAAGAUGUGCCGUUUUGAUUUGAGGCCAAAUGAAAACCACACUGGCUGUGUGCCCAUACCCAUCGUCAAGCUGGAGUGGUCCUCCCCCUGGGCAGUGAUUCCGGUGCUUAUUGCAGUGCUGGGCAUCAUGGCUACCCUGUUUGUGGUGGCCACAUUCAUGCGCUACAAUGACACGCCUAUUGUGAAGGCGUCUGGACGAGAACUGAUGCAGCUCCUGGGAGUAUGCAUCUGGUUUGGAGUCGACCCAUCGCAAGCCAUCAUUGAUUAUGAGGACCAGCGCACGACAAACCCAGUGAUGUCCCGCGGAGUCCUUAAAUGUGACAUAUCAGACUUGUCCCUGAUCUGUCUGCUGGGCUACAGCAUGCUGCUGAUGGUUACCUGCACAGUAUAUGCCAUCAAAACCAGAGGAGUCCCAGAGACCUUCAACGAGGCUAAGCCCAUUGGCUUCACUAUGUACACUACAUGUAUAGUAUGGCUCGCUUUCAUCCCCAUUUUCUUUGGAACCUCUCAGUCAGCAGAAAAGAUGUACAUCCAGACCACAACUUUAACCAUCUCUGUAAGCUUGAGUGCAUCUGUGUCACUGGGGAUGCUUUACAUGCCUAAAGUCUAUGUGGUCCUGGUUCAUCCGGAGCAGAAUGUGCCCAAGCGCAAACGCAGCCUGAAGGCAGUGGUCACCGCAGCAACCAUGUCCAACAAGUUCAAUCCCAAAGGCGGUCUCAGGCCCAACGGAGAAGCCAAGUCCGAACUCUGUGAAAGUCUUGAAACACAAGACUGUGUUGAGGGAGGGGAACCUUGUGAGGGGCUUUAG